AUAGUAGAAAGUAUACUGUAUGGUAUAAUGUGGGUAAAAUUAUUAGUACAGUGUAUGUGCCAUUUGUGUGGACAUUAUAUAUCCGUUGAAGCGAAGAACCAGAAAUUUCUUUGGCUGUGAUUUAUUUAAAAAAUUUUAUUUUUCAAAAAUGGACAAAUAUGAUUAUUCAGUAUGAAAUGCACAACAGUCCAAUAAAGAAAAAUAAGGAAUAAAAGAAUGCCAUUCAAUGUGUACCUUUUAUUGGCCGCAGUACUCUUACUCUGCUCUUCAAUCCGAAGUUCUCAAGGAGGAACGAAAUAUCCGUGUCCAGAAUCAGUGGAUAUCGCUUCAAUCCAUAUUACAAAAUGUCCCCAAAACAGAAAAGAAAUGGAAGAGAGAGCUAAAACUUUUAAAUGCGAAAGUCGACAACAAAACUGCACAACCCGUGCCCAAUAUAAAUACCACUGUGUUUUGAAUUCAAAAGGUGAUGGAUACAUUGAACUGUGUGCACCAGAAGUGGAAAUCAUUGGUAGGCGUUGUACUGAAUUUACGACCGGAGGUAAAUUCCUCCAAGAACAUUUAGAGAGUAAAUGUGCAACAUGUCCAUUCAAAUACAACUCAUCUGAAAGUUACAAAUACGAUGAAUGCUACAAACUAGAAUUCCCUAGAAAUCUGCCGAGUACAAUCAAAGAAAAAACAAUCGAAACUUCGACUAAUACACAAGUGGUUAUUGUUACAAAGAAUGAUGGCAGGUCGUUGAAUGAUGCUGUUGAAGAUACUGAAGAUAAUUUCAAUGUUAGAAGUGAUGAUGAGGAAACCAAUACUUUUACUUUAAUAGUAGCUGUGGGGUGUGUCAUAACUUUCGUGUCAAUUGUCAUCUUUUUAGUUGUUGGAAUAUUAUUCUUACGCAGGAAAAUGUGUCACCCCAUGUACGGUCACAAAAAAAAUGGGAGAUCUGAUGUUGGUGAACAAGAAAGACUUCCAACAGAAGAAAUUUAAUGUAAUCUUUAUAUUUAAUAAGUAGGUCCUGUCCAUUUUUUUUUUCUUAAAGGAAUUCAGUCAAACUCAAUCUUUAUGUGUAAGACAAAUUUUCAGAACAUUGUUUACAUUUACUUUGAAAUUGUUCUAUUAAUUUUCCAAUAUCUUGUUGAUCAAUUUGUAAAAAAAAAUUAUCUUAUUUUUGAAGGGAGUGGGAUAUUUCUGAUAGUUACAUCUGAAUUUAUAUCUAAUAUAAGAUAAUCAGUCUCGAAAAAGUGUUUGAAAUAUAAAAAAAAAACGACUUACGCUUUGUCCUGCAGCAUGCCUUAUUUUAUGCCUUGUUUUAUUCAUGAUCACUUCUGCUAACCCUGUUCCAAUUCUUUAAACGGAGAAUUUGAGUAGAGGAGUUUUUUGUUUUGUUUACAACUUGGCGUUCGAUUUUGAACUCUUGUAUUCGGAAUGAUUCGGGUUUACUCGUAUACGUUAAUGUAAUAAUUUAUAAAAACUCAUCGUUCAAUAAAAUGUGCAGAUAUUGAACGCUAAAAUACCUAGAUUUAUGGAAAUAUUUUACAAAGGCAAUUUAUUAGAUAUAUAUUUACUGAAAAUACGUGAUAUGUGCAAUAUUGUUUUUUAUUAUUUGUGGGGAUUUUUUAUGUCUAAAUUUUUAAAAUAAUUUUUAUAGAAUAUUUGCAUUAUUCAAAGUUUUAUGUUUCUCCUGCAUGUACAGAUUAUUGACAAAAUUGUUUUAAAUGAAAAUUGAAAUUUUUAUACCAUAUGUUAUUCAAUAAUUUAUUUGGUCGAUAAAGACCAUGCCUAGCGCUUCCAUAUUUUUUAAUAGAUUUUUUAAAAACUUAUUUUCACUUGAUAACUUUUGUUAUCAUCUCAUUUUCAUUUUUUCUCUUUGAAACGCCUUUAUAUAGACACAUAUCGUUGAAGAGCUUUUCCAGAAAAAUGCAUUUUGUUACAAAUUAAUCACUUUCACGUUGCUCUCAUCAAAAGGUUUUAUUUCUUACUAUUUCUCGCAUUGUAAAUGAUUCAAUAUAAUAAAGUCAGUUUAUCGCAUUAAUAUUCGGGAGACAAGAAGAGUUUUUCGCUUUUUAAAACUGGAAAAAGAAGACUAUGUCACAAUCACUUUAAUAAAAUCUAAUUACAUAAUACUUUUUACCAUUUAUUAAUAUUAAUAUUACACAAUACUUACGAUACAUGUACAUGGAUCAAUACUUUGAGCUAUCUUAUUAAUUUUGCAUUGUUUACGAAAAAAAAGUAUGGCAUAAAUACUAGUACAUGUAGUUAAAAAUAUAGAAAAACUAAGAAAUUGUAAAAAUCUUAUACAUGAUUAGCAGAGAUACAAACAGCUAAAAAAUGUUGUAAAUAGAUAUUAAACAGUACUGUUUGAAACAUGUGGAGAUAACGAAAGUAUUCAAGAUCAAAAGUCCACAACACAUUGGAAAUAUGAAUAGAGCAAAUAAGGACCCACAUACUUCGGAUUUGGGUCAGAUGCCAUCGAGGAGAGCAAAUACAUAUAUUGUUAAACUAUGUAACAUUUUUAAAUACGGCUAACUGGUUGACGCUAUCGCUGAUUUUAAGCAAGCAAAGUCGGACAAGAUAUGUGUUUUAUGCAGAUUAACAUGCAUACACAUGUACUUUUCUUUAUUUCACAAGUGGAUAACUUGAAGUAUUUUUU